CUUCCGGUGAGUGUUGCGUUACGACACCAGGGACGCAACUGACUGUACUUGCAAGGUGGUCUCCUGCCACAGCUUCUGAUGCUGCCUACUGUCUUCCGCUGUGUUCGACCCAUCUCCACCAGUCUUGCCUUAAGCCGGCCUCUGGCCCACUUCAGACCGCACAUGGACCCAGACCCGAGCCGGCCCGUUGAGAGGUCUAUCAGAACCAAACUGACCGACAAACUCAAGCCGGAUUACUUGGAGGUCCACAAUGAAAGCCACAUGCACGCUGUGCCCCCUGGCUCCGAAUCCCAUUUCCGUGUCCUGGUUGUCAGCUCCGAGUUUGACGGACUGCCUUUGAUAAAGCGCCACCGUCUGGUUAAUGAGGCUUUGAAGGAGGAGUUGAGUACCUGUGUUCAUGCACUGGCUAUCCAGGCAAAGACUCCUGAGCAGUGGGGAAGUAACCCCUCCCUGGCUAAGAGUCCGCCUUGCAUGGGGGGUUCGAGGGGAGAUCACACGAUGCAGGAGAAACUGAAGGCCGGGCGGGAGUGAAGGGUUGGACUAUGAAGCUGUUGGACUGAGCUGUGAAGAAGGCAGGUGAAUGCUGUAGGAGAGGUAUAAAGAUCAGUGUCAUUAAUGUAAUGGCAGUCAGGAUUCUGUUGAGGAUUUCAUUACAAAAAUGGCUUUCUAUGGUUAUUCUAUCAUAAUAAAAUGUGAAUUGUUAACAUUAAAUCAUCAGUGUGUUUUAGAGGGAUAUUUGCGCAAUCAAACAACCAUUUUAAUAGUCUGUUUCAUUACAGGUUGUCAGAGGUAUUUUUCACUGUAAUUCCAUAGACUAAUGUGAGGAUUUCCAUAGCAAGGCUUCUGCUCAUAGUUCAUAGUCUCAGUGAUUCCACAUUGGUGAAGUAAAUAGUAAUUUUAUUGUCAGAAAAGCCCCCAUUGCCUGAACAUUAAUGAAGGACCAGAGAUCAAGGCGGGACGGGGAUGGCUGUAUUUAGUGGAUGAAAAAUUGGGACAUUAGUUGCUUCAUUCCUGUAUCCGUGUCUUCAGGUGACCAUUACCAAGUCAGUAAACAUGGUAUGCCUUCGACAGGCCUGCCACCCUGUCGGUCAAAUGUGUUAAAGUUGCUGCAUGUAAGUCUGGAGAAAGAUAUUUGAUUGUUGAGUGUCAUUCCCAGAUCACAAAACGCCAGUGCUUUGGGUUGGUGGGUCGGAAGAGACUCGGCAAGUAACUGUCUUUUUAUCCAGAAUUGCAUAGUUAACCUGUAAAUGUAAUUGUCAUCCUUCUGUAAGGCCCAAAUAAUCAUUUAAUCUGUAUUUGUUUUCGAUCAUAUUGAUGCACAACAAUCAGAUUCACAACCAGAACAACUCCAGUACACAUUCCAUGACUGAACAGAGCAGAGAGAAGAAAAUCUUGAUUUGCCCCCCUUUCUCAGAACUUAAUUAAACAAAAGAAAAAGAUAGAUGGUCAGUCACAGUUACUAAACAACAAACACUUACACUAACCUCAGGAAAAAAAGAAUAAGAAGCCAUACACAACAAUUCACCUUCAACUGAGGGACAGAUUCUACCUGACAACUUCACAUAGUCCAAUUAGUCUUUCCUUAUUAAUUUCCAUAAACUGAAAUACAUUUAUACAACCCUUUAAAUAAUUCUGUAGAGAAUCCAUAGUUUGACGUCAACCAUGGAAGUAUACACAUCUGCCAGUCUGUGCACACUGGUGCUUAAAUAUUCUUCUGUGAUCCUUAUCCUCCAGAAAUAAAAACUUAAUAGUGUCUGUAACUCAAAUAAAUCUUGAAGUAUCAGUCAACAUCA